AUGAUUGGUAAUAUUUUGUCUACCUUGGUUUGGUUGUUUGCUAGAAAUUUCAAUUUGUUCUUGAUUGCACGCAUCAUUGCUGGUCUAAGCGAAGGUAAUGUUCAGCUCAGUAUUUCAAUCAUUUCAGAUGUUACAUCACCUGAAAAGAGAAGCAAGAGUUUAGCCUUGGUUGGUAUUGCAUUUGCCAUUGCCUUCACGAUUGGUCCUGCUAUUGGCGCCUGGUUCGCUUCUAUUGACUUGAGCGUAUUGUGUCCUUCCCUUGUUCAAUUCGGUAUCUAUCCUUACUCUAUGGCUGCUUUUGUAGGCUUAGUUUUGUUGUUAAUCGAAACUGCUUAUUUAUAUGCCGCAUUACCAGAGACAAUCCAUUUCCGUCAGCAAGUGGAACCAGCACAAGUUCAAAUGCCCAAGGAACCCAUUACAUUAGAGGCUAUCCACCGUCGCCUUUUGGACUUGACCUAUCUGAAGCGUAUCAUGUGUAUCUUUUCUUUCUUUUUCUCCGGAAUGGAAUUCACGUUGGUCUUUUUGACAUUUGAUGUGUUGGACUAUAGCCAUAUGCAACAAGGUAAACUUCUCUGUUAUAUGGGUAUUGUUUCUGCUCUGAUUCAAGGCGGCUAUGUUCGUCGUCGUGUCCAAGCUGUUGGUGAAAAGAUGAUUGUUGUUCAAGGCAUGGUUGCCUGUGUUUUGGGUCUUUAUUGUUUGGCACAUACUGUCAAGGCUGCUGAACCUGUCUAUUGGUUGUAUGCAGGUGUGAGUUUAUUGGCAUUUACCUCGGGCACAGUGGUCAAUUGUUUGACAAGUUUGGCUAGUCUGCAAUGCCAUGAAGAACAGGUCAAAAACACGGAUGAUCCGUUGACAAAGGGACGUGCUAUGGGUGAAUUCCGUAGCUAUGGUCAAUUGGGUAGAGCAUUUGGCCCCAUUGCUACCUGUGGAUUCUAUUGGAUCUUUGGUCCCGGUGCUUGUUAUGCUUUAGGCUCUUUAGCUAUGGUUGGAUCUCCUUCAAAUAAGAAAGUAAAGAAGGUUCAAAAGGCUGAAUAG